AUGAACAGGCAACGGGGUCUUGUUCUGGGGAUCACUUCGGUCAUGAACUCGAUGGCGUGCAUGGCAAGGGAUCCCUGCUUCUCCUACCUCCAUUCAGGACGACCUCCAUUCGGCGCAAGGCUUCCUGUCUCGACCAAAUCUCAGCGCCAGCUUGCAGCGAGAGCGAAGAUCGUGAGUCAAGCGCGAGAUCGUGGGCAGGAGGGGACGGGCAGGAGGGACAUCCGGGUCUUUGUGGGAGGACAACAGCUCUUGCACGGAUCGACGGUAAACUUUGAGUCGUCGCAGAGCCACUACCUCGACAAAGUGAUGCGCGUCAUGGAAGGAAGUCACGUCAAAGUCUUCAACGGCUGCGAUGGGGAGUGGUGGUGCCGGAUGGAUCACUUUGACAAGAAGGGAGCUCGCGGAACCGUCACCGAGCAGAGGCACACGUUCUCAGCAGGAAGCGACGUGUGGCUACUCUUUGCCCCUGUCAAGGGCGACGCCACGGAGGCCAUCGUGCAGAAGGCAACAGAACUGGGUAGGACUAUCGUCAAGUCGAUCAAGCACGAGAGGCUUCAGUCGAUUGCUGUGGAGGCAUCUGAGCAAUGUGAACGACUGGAUGUACCAGACCUUGUUCCCUUGCAGCCCCUGAACAAGCUGCUGCUCAACUGGCCAUCAGACCGCAAACUUGUGGUCUGUGACGAAACUCGCGUCGGAGAGCGCGGCACUUGGGAUACUCUGCGAGCGUUGCAAGGUGAAGCGAGGUUCGCUAUGUUGGUGGGGCCUGAGGGUGGUUGGUCAGACGAUGAGUUGUCCGGAUUUGCAGAGCAUCAGGCGGUCAAGAUCGGUCUGGGCCCAAGAAUACUGAGAGCAGAUACGGCAGCCAUCGCAGCCUUGACGCUGUUUCAAGCGUGCCUGGGAGACUGGAAGUGA